AUGUCAGACAACACUAGGAAAAGUUCACGCAGACAGGCGUCAGCAAAGAAAUACUGCUGUCCUCAGUGCAAAGAGGUGUUUUCAAGUUUGGCUCUCUGGGUUCAUCAUUUAUCAAAACACCAGGAGAUGGAUGAAUCUACACUAAAAGUUGCAAGGCAGUCAAGCAAUAAAACAAAAAAACUCACCAAGAUUGGAACACAUAUUUGUGAAGAAUGUGGGAAGAAAUUUGUAUGCAAACAGACCCUUCUUGCACAUGCAGCUGCCCACCAGAAAGGUUCUGAGUGCACCAUUUGUGGACGUUACCUCACAACAAAAGCUCGGUUAAAAGUUCAUAUGUUCAAGUUUCAUGACAUUGGUGAAGGGAAGAAUAAAGAGGUCGAGUGUACAGAUUGUGGAAAGUGUUUUGGCACUAAAGCCGGUUUGCGUUAUCAUCGAAAUGUGGUCCAUCACACUGGCACUAAAAAGAAGUCCUCUCUUGUGGUUCACCUCUGGAAGCAUUCAGUGUACCUGUGCCAGCAGUGUCAGGAGAGCUUCUCAAGUGCAGAAGAACUGAAGACACACAUGGCAAGAUCCCAUGGCAAGGUAGUCAUGUGGAAAGACAAGAGGAAAGCCAACCCAGUCCUCCUGCCAGAGAAAANUAUACAAGGCCUUUAG